AUGAAGUGCACGCUACAGGAAGUCGGACAGGGUCAACCAUCUUCAUCAACUCAGGCAGCAUCGUUACAAAAGGACAUCCCAAUCGUGUCUCCCAUGAAGACACAUCAGAUAUUAACAGAAAUCUAUCCUUGGACGCUAGAAGGGAGCAGACUGAGCACACCAUCCCCAGAAUUUGCCUCAGUUAGUGCAACAGAUAACAACAGAGGUUCACAAUCCUUCGACGUUGCAGGAGGACAGCCCGGUUCAACAAAUAGAGACCAGUCCACCUCAGUUGCCACUAGAGGACUUGAUGGAUCAACUGUCUUCCUUACAAGAAACCGAUCCAACAUCACCAGAUAUCAAUCCGCCUCGAUCACUGCUAGAGAACUAUUUCAGAUCGAAAACCUGGAUCACUUAGUCAGUCAUAUAACUCAAAAACCAACAGCAUGCCGACUACACCUCCACAGGAGUCGCACAAACUUCCAGUAG